AUGACAUAUCAUCAAAAGGCGUACCAAAAUGUCAGCAACGCCACGUACAGCAGCAACCAUUCCUCGCCAGGUAGGCGACACAGCGAAGAUGACAUCCGUGACCGACAAUCUAUCUCGUCUAGGACUGUCGGCAGCAGUGCAAUAGCGUCACGGUCGAACAACCAUAACAUGCCCGACUUUUUCAGCAACAACAUCUUUCAGAUCGUCCUGCACGAUCCCGCCACAGCACACCGGCUGCUCAAGUUCAGCGAGACCCGACUGUGCGCCGAGAACGUCGAGUUCCUCGCCAAGGUGGACGCGUACAAGACAACGCUGGACGACCUGGCCAGCCAGAUGGCAUCCAUCCACAAGACCUUCCUGUCCCCAGGCUCGCACAGCCAGAUCAGCGCGAGCGGAGGUCUGCUCAAGGAGGCGCACAAGGAGAUCAAGUCGCUCGUCAACCAGGCCCUUCCGUCCAUGGAGACGGUUUUCACAGACCUGCAGAAUCAGGUUGAGACGCUCGUCUUCCAGGACAUCUACCCCCGUUUUGUCCGGCACCAGCUGGCACUGAGCGCGACCAGGGCGCUUGGGAGCGAUCGAUUCAAGUAUCAAGGCCUCGGUGAUUGUUUCUGCCUGACCAAUCCAAAUAUGGCAGAUAACCCGAUCGUUUUUGCCUCGGAUGGCUUCAUCAAGGUAACUGGGUACACACGGCCAGAAAUCAUCCCCAGGAACUGCAGAUUCCUCCAGGGCGCCCAGACAGACCGCCGGCCGGUGCAGCUCCUCAAGAAGGCCAUUCAGGAGCGCAAGGAGAGUGUCGAGCUUCUUCUGAACUACAAGAAGAACGGAGGCCCCUUCUGGAAUCUUCUCUAUGUCGCACCGCUCUUCAACGCCAGGGGCGAGACAGAAUUCUUCCUCGGCGGACAGGUGAACUGCUCGACAACGAUCCAUAACAACAUCGACGUCAUGAAGGUUUUGUCCGCAUCCGACACGAACGAGGCGGCGGAGGAUAUCGCCGUGCUCCAGACCUCGCCGCCCACAACCAGGCAGCCUAUGAGACCGUCGGCGCGACGGGCUCUGCUCAAGGCCUUGGGGGUCCGGCAGGCUGAGCAGGCACCCGUCAUUGCUGGCGAUGCCGGCAUGGAAAAUGGUGUGCUUGAGCGCAUGCAGGGCCAGGGACUGAGCUCCCAGAUGAAGGAGUUCUACUCUGCGUACUCAAAGUAUCUUGUGGUCCGCGCGAGCAAUUUUGUCAUCGAGUUCUACUCGGAGGGCGUCAUGGAGGCUCUCAGUCCGGCCAACAUGGCUGGUACUAUGGUCGCAGGAAGCGACGUCUUCAGGUUCUUCGCACAGAACAUGAUUUCAAAACAGUCCGAGUACAAGACGAGGGUUCGCAAUUCCAUCCGAGGCGGCACGCCCGUGAGCACCGCUCUCCGCCUGCAGACAAAAAGGUCUGCCGUGUUCCGAGGCGACGAGGCCUUCAUGGCGCACUGGACACCUUUGAAGGACGACAAGGCAGCGUAA